GAAACGUGAAGGUGGGCGGUUCUAAAAGUGGGCGGGUCACAGCCUGGCGAAUAUAGAAUGUUAAGUCUAAAAAAAGGUGGGCAGAGUUAGAGGAGGGAUUUGUUGUCAGUGGAUCGAGACGGAAAACGCGAGAAGGGGUUGUUUCUCAUGUGAUCAGCGACAGCGAGCAAGAUGUCAUCACCAGAGAUCGCAUCCCUGUCAUGGGGUCACAUGAAGGUGAAAGGAUGUCCAGCUUCCUACAAAGACUGCAAAGUGUGGCCCGGAGGGAGUCGUGCUUGGGACUGGAGAGAAACUGGCACUGAUCAUCACCCUGGUGUUCAGCCUGCUGACUUGGAAGAGGUAUUGAAGAAAGGGGUGGAGACCUUGGUGAUUGGGCGUGGGAUGAACGAGGCCUUACAGGUUCCUUCAACUACACUGGAUUACAUAAAGAAGCAAGGAGUGGACGUGAAGGUGUUCCAGACAGAGAAGGCGGUCAGAGAGUACAACACACUGGCUGGCCAAGGAAGUAAAGUUGGAGGGGUCUUCCACUCAACCUGCUGAGGCAGCUGGACACAUGUCAACCACAUUCUUGCGGAGAUGAGAGUGAAAACAGCCUCAAACCAAUUAUUGCCAAAUUGUAUAACUCAAAUAUAUGCGAUACAGCAAGCACAAAAUGCCUAAUGUUGCAGAGUCAAGUAGUCAAAAAGAGCUAUUCUAGAAGCAGUUAACGGAAACAAUAAAAACCUUGUUCUACCUUC